AAAUAUUAUUAUCCUAUCUUCUCAUUUCUAUUUCCUCAACCCGAAAGGAAGAUAAAGACAAAUUGAUUGAAGAAACCAUACUUGUGAGAAGUAUCAAAUGAAAGAAGAUGGAACAAAUGUUGAGAGCUUGAUUCCUCCUUCAAAUCUGAACUCAGAAGAUGCAUCUGAAAGAGAAGAAGAAGAAGUUGAGAAGGUGAAAGAAGAUGAUGUUGGAAAAGAAGAGAAGGAUGGUGGUGGUCUUAUUAACAAUUUCAUUUCUUUCAUCUCUCACCAUGAAAGUGCUUCUGCUGCUGCUGCUGAUGAUGAUGAUGGAGAAAAGGGAGGGGUUGAAGAUUGUGAAGAGGGAAGAGGAGGGGUUAUCAGAAAAAUGGUUUCAAGUUUCUUCCAUCAAAGUGAAGGUGAAGGGGUGGUGGGGGUAAGGGAAGAGGAGAAGGAAGAAGAAGAAAUCAUGGCUGAUGAAAAAGUGAAACGCUUCAAGACAGAAAAUGGAGGCAUCAUUCAUAACAUUUCUUCUCAUUUACCUCCUUCAGUACCAGAUAGUGCAGUUCCCACAGCAGACGAGGCCACUUUCUUGAUUAACUCUCUUGUUCGUGACUAAGCAGAGCAAGUUCUUCAGUUUUUUUUUUUUUUCUGAGAUUUUUUUGUUUGGUUGGUUUAUGAUGCCACUUGUAGUUUUUGUUAGUGUGAAGUGAUUCAAAAUUGCAGAUGUGGAUGAUUUAUAAUCAGUAUUUGGUCUUUUUUAUU